GUGGGAUCCUUGCCCCUAGGUCCCCUACGGCUCUACCUUGUUUUGAAAAUUUCAAACCUUAAAAUUGCUCACAAAUUUUAUGAAAGAAGUUUGUUGAGGUUGUGUGGAAGUCCAAAUAAAAAAAGAGGCAUGCAACUGAUGCAAUUGCGCCAAAAUCGCUGAAGCUACAAAAAUGGGGUCUAAAUUCAUGUCUCAUAUACACAUUCUCUCUCUCCUCUUUCUCCAAUUCUUUCAAUUUCUUCCUCUUCAAAUUCGAUAUUUAUUCCCACCUUUGGGAAUUUUCUUCAAAUUAAUCAUCAUAAAAUCCUCCAUAAAAUUAACUUGGAAUCCAUCCAUUGAGUUCGAAUUCUGCAGAAUUUGAUCUAACAUAAUUUAUUAGAUUUUGUUAAUAAUUUUGAUGAGAGGCGGAAAGAAGGAAACAAAAUUACAUCAUCUAUGAAGAUAAAGAGGGAGCAGGGUAGUCAGAUGCAGUUAGAGAAGCAAAAGCUGGGUUGCCGUUUCUCCAGAAAAUAUUUCAGAUGGAAUGGCAGAUCUUGUUAGUUAUGGCCAUUCGGACCGUGACAUUGACCAGGCACUCGUUAUUUUGAAAAAAGGCAGUCAAUUGAUCAAGUACAGCAGGAAGGGGAAACCCAAGUUUUGCCCGUUCAGACUAUCUGUGGAUGAGAAGACUCUUAUUUGGUUAUCACAUGGAGAAGAAAGGACUUUGAAGUUAUCUAUAGUCUCAAAAAUCAUCCCAGGACAAAGAACUGCUGUGUUCCGCAGAUUCUUGCGCCCGGAAAAGGAUUACUUGUCAUUUUCACUUAUUUAUAAUCACGGUGAUAGAUCUCUUGACUUGAUUUGUAAAGACAAAGCAGAGGCAGAAGUUUGGCUCGCAGGUCUUAAGGCUUUAAUUGGUCGGCAACGACGAAAUAGACGUACAAGAAGUGAGAUACCUGAUUUGCAUGGUGGUGAAUGUGCUCAAAAUAGUCGUCCUGCUUUAGAGUUUACUACAAGUGUACGUGGUAGAACAUCUCUUGAUUGGCCUUCUUUAAGCCCAGAUGUUGGGACUGAGCAAGCAAAUAUGCAACUGAGAGGAAGCACAGCAGAAGGAUUUCGCCUUAGUUCAGAUGGUUUUAGACUUAGUGUUUCAAGCACUCCUAGUUGUUCAAGUCAAGGUUCAGGACCAGAUGAUAUUGAGUCAUUAGGUGAUGUUUAUGUAUGGGGAAAACUAUGGUUUGAUGGAGGUCUAGAUGGAUCAGGGAACCCAAACUCGACAAAGAUUGAUGUUUUAACACCAAAACCUUUAGAAUCCAAUGUAGUUCUCGAUGUUCAUCAAAUUGCUUGUGGGGUCUGUCACAUCGCUCUUGUAACUAGGCAAGGUGAGGUGUUCACCUGGGGUGAAGAAUCCGGUGGAAGGCUCGGUCAUGGAAUGGAAAGAGAUUUCACUCGACCACAACUCGUUGAAUUUCUUGCCAUCACUAAUGUUGACUUUGUCGCGUGUGGAGAGUACCACUCGUGUGCAGUGUCAACAUCAGGCGAUUUAUUUACAUGGGGUGACGGUGUUCAUCAUGUUGGACUUCUAGGGCAUGGCACUGAUGCUUGUCAUUGGAUUCCGAAAAGAGUUUCCGGUCCUUUAGAAGGUCUUCAGGUACUCUCCAUUGCUUGCGGCACUUGGCAUUCAGCAUUGACAACUUCUAAUGGGAAGCUAUUCACAUUUGGGGAUGGAAGUUAUGGAGUUUUAGGACAUGGAGAUCGAGAAAGUGUUUCUUACCCAAAAGAAGUUCAACAAUUAAACGGGUUAAAAACAAUUAAGGUGUCAUGUGGAGUUUGGCAUACUGCAGCUAUUGUUGAGGUUAUGAGCCCUUCUACUUCUGGUAGUAGCAUUUCUUCUAGAAAAUUGUUCACUUGGGGAGACGGUGAUAAAUAUCGUUUAGGUCAUGGAAAUAAAGAACCGUAUUUGCUUCCAACGUGUGUAUCCGCACUCAUUGAAUACAACUUUAGCCAGAUAGCAUGUGGACAUGAUUUUACAGUUGCUCUAACUAUAUCAGGUCAUGUCUUCACCAUGGGAAGUUCGUUACACGGUCAACUUGGAAAUCCACAAGCAGAAGGGAAAAGCCCUUGUUUAGUUCAAGACAAAUUAGUAGGUGAGUAUGUGGAAGAAAUUUCUUGUGGUGCACAUCAUGUUGCAGUCCUGACUUCAAGAAGUGAGGUAUACACGUGGGGAAAAGGUGCAAACGGAAGACUUGGACAUGGCGAUUUAGAAGACCGUAAGUCCCCAACAAUGGUGGAAGCACUAAAAGAGAGGCUUGUGAAAAGUGUAGCAUGUGGUUCAGAUAUGACUGCAGUAAUCUGCAUCCAUAAGUGGGUUUCUGGUGCUGAUCAGUCUGUUUGUUCAGGGUGUAGACAGGCGUUUGGUUUUACUAGAAAAAGGCACAACUGCUAUAACUGUGGUCUGGUUCAUUGCCAUGCAUGUAGCUCUAAAAAGGCCAUUAGAGCAGCACUUGCUCCUACACCAAGCAAACCACACCGUGUUUGUGAUGCUUGUUACAGCAAACUUAAGACUGCAGCCACUGGAAAUGCCACAUUUUUCAGUAAGAGGCCUACUUCUACUCCUCGGCGGUCAAUUGAUAGCAGCACUAAGGAAAGGACUGAUAGGGUUGAAACACGUUCUUCGAGGCUUUUGUUGACCCCGACCACAGAGCCAGUUAAAUACCUCGAGGUCAAAAGUAGUCAAAGGUACGGAGGAAAACUUGAUUCUUUCUCUAUGGUUCGAGCCUCACAAGUGCCGACAUUUCAGCAACUUAAAGACGUUGCUUUUCCUAGUUCUUUAAGUGCUAUUCAAAGUGCGUUGAGACCUGCUUCACCUUCUCCUCCUCCUGCACCUCCGAUUCCUAGCAGCAUACCUGCACGGCCAUCUUCACCGUAUGCAAGGAGACCUAGUCCUCCUCGGUCUGUUGCUCCUGUGUUUUCUAGAGGCGUACUUGAUAGUCUCAAGAAGUCUAAUGAACUUCUAAGCCAAGAAGUUUCAAAGCUUCAAAACCAUCUUAAAACUCUAAAGCAAAAGUGUGACUUCCAAGACGAGGAGAUUUCAAAAUUACAGAGGAGCGCUAGAGAAGCUUCUUUAUUUGCUGCUGACCAAUCUUCCAAGUGUAAAUUUGCAAAGGAAGCUGUUAAAGCCAUUUCUGUUCAGUUGAAGGAUAUUAUCAUGAAGUUGCCUAGUGAAGCCAGACAAUGCGAGAAUCUAAAAAAGAUGCAGACCCAAAUUUUAGCUUUUAUAGAAGAUGAUGAAGCAUCCACUUCUCAAACUAUCUUGCCAGUAGAACUAAAACAUAAACAGAACGAAAGCAAUCAGGUGGACGACAAAAGUGGAAGUGUGAGUUUAAUCCAUGAUUCUAAUCAAACUCCUCCAUCAUCGAGUGACCCAUCAAGACUCUCUAUCAGUGGCCAAGAUUUUCAUCAAACACUUUCGUCAUCUGAUACAACCGUAACACCUGCUAGACACGAUUCAGAAGUUGAUCCGAAUCAAACAUCUUUGUCAUGUGGUACAACUGAAGCAACUCCAUUACAUGAUUCAAAAGACGGGGUCCAAGAUUCUAAUCAAACACCUUUGUCAUGUGCUACAACUGAAGCAACUCCUAUACAUGAUUCAAAAGACGGGGUCCAGGAUUUUAAUCAUACACAUUUGCCGUCUGAUGCAACUGAUACAACUACUAGGCAUGAUUCAGAAGACGGGGUACACGAAUCUAGUGAACAUUCUUCUGUAUCUAAUAAAGUAGAAUCUUCAAGUAAUGGAAGCUUAGAAGAAAAUGGAGGAGUUCAAGAGCCUACUCCAUCAUCUUCGCCUAAUAUGGAGCCAACACCUUGUCAUAGGCAGGAAAAUGGGAUAACAAGGUUACCCUCGUCAAGAGGUGAGAGUUCGAAGGAAAAUAGCGAGCAAUUUGAACGAGGGGUUUUCGUAACUUUCAUUCAACUUCAUAGCGGUAUUAAAGUCUUCAAGCGCGUCAAAUUUAGCAAACGGUCGUACUCUGAGUCACAAGCUGAGGAAUGGUGGAAGGUAAACAGAGAGAGGGUUUAUCAAACAUAUAAACCACCACCACCGCCACCACCAAGCAAUGCGCGAAAAACAUCAUCUGCUACUCCGUCACAAGUCACUAAACCAUUAGCUCCACCGCCACCACCACCUAGUGAUGAGGAAAGCAAUGCCAGCGCCGCAUCCCUUUAAAUUGCUUUAAAACUCUUGUUUGAUGUCAUAGGACUCAGUGCAUUUUGGUAGAAUUUUAGGAAAUCAUGACAUACAUAAUGAUCUUUAGGUAGAUGAGAAUUGGAGCAUGUGUCAUGGGAAUGGCUUAAGGCCAUUUUUCCAUUCAAAUUUUUUGUUGGCAUAGAGAAACUUAACUUGUAGCCAUUCAUUCUUUUAUUCUAUAUGUACCUAAAGAUUUUAUAUUUCUUGUAUUUCUCCGAUGUUGGUUGGUUACAUUUACAAUUGUACAAAUGGUGAGAAUAUUUUGGAGCUAAUAAUAUCAUUGAAAAUAUCAUUAAGAAACAAUAUUCUUCUUUUUAAUGAGUC